AUGAAUCUCGCAGAAGCUUCCGUUUCGAAAUCAGUCUCAAGCAUGAGCAUGAGUACGGUUAAUGUUGGCGAUAUAACUCAAGCGAAAGGUGGCUUUCUCGACAUGAUCUUUCCACUUUAUGAUCAGAUGAUGCAGAAAACGAAAUUGCCAGCUUGGUUCUUGUCAAUGGCAGCUAUUAUAAUGCUUAUCCAAGUCUUAUCCAUUGGAUUUUGGAUUUACGCUCCACCUUUUGAAAGAUUGAGUGGAAAACCAAAAAAUAUAUAUCAUACCAUUAUCAAAAUCUUUACAUUUCAAGAUCCCAAUGACUAUUCUAACCAUCAUGAAGUCGAAAUGAUCAUAACUCUUGUAAUUGCUUUGGUAUCAAUCUUAUGGAUUGUUGGAAUGAUAGUAUAUUACAAGUAUUUAUAUACUAUUCCAACCAUUUGCCUUUAUAUAUCCACAAUAAUACUCGAUGUGAUCGAUCCAAUAUGCAUUACCCCUGCAGUUUAUGUAAUUUGCCAUGGAAUCACAGGAAUAAUAUAUACAUCAAACACCUCAUUUAUCGACGAGAUCAUUAUUGGAGCCAUUACAUACGGAUUCUAUGUUAUUGUCUUCUUACUUGGCACUUUAUUAAAAUCAAGAUCUGUCGUCUUAACAAACUUGACAUUUCCAUUAUUCGACUCAACAUCAAUUUACACAUGGGUUAUUGGAACAUCAUUUUGCUGCAUAAUAUCAGCUAUAAUGAAACUAUUUGAUACUUGGUUUUAUGUAGUUCUUGGAGUUGUUCAUUUAAUGAUGACUCUUUAUGUUUGCUAUCGAUUAACAUUUGUUCCAUUCUAUGAAGUUUGGCGUAACUCGGUUUGUUUGUCCUUUGGAAUUACAACAAUUGCGUUGGAUCUGAAUUUCUUUGUCCUCUAUUGCAUUCCAUCUUUGACGUACAACUAUACUUUAGCCGUUUUCAUUGGUGUACUCAUUAUUUCCAUCAUAAUUACAACAAUCUUUUACAAAUCUCGUGUCAACAAAAUUACUGAGCAGUUAGCAUAUCAAGAAACAGAACUAACAGCACAAGAAUAUCUUCGGACACUAAAUAUCGACCGAAACCCUCUCAGAGCAAUGAUGUAUAUCGUUGUUGGCUUAGCAAGAUUAGGUAAUUACUUUGUUGAUGGCUCAUUAACAGAUUAUAUCAUCAAUAAUGGCCAGGUUGAAGAAGCUCUAUCUAUUCUUUUGCAGGUUGUUACAUUCUUUCCAUCAGAAUCCAGAAAAAUGGAUAUUCUUUUCAAAAAACUUGCUCAAAAGAAGAAAAAGUUGGGUUUGCCUGACAGAUUUUUAUUGUAUCAAGUCUAUGGAAUCAAGACAAGAAGAUUAGUCUCAGAUACAAAAGAUACUUUGGAGAUGUUCAAUAAACUCAAGCAGAAGAAUGACGAAUGCAAAGCGAUCAUCAGAGGAUUUUGGGAUAAACCAAUUUGCACAAAUGAAUUCUUCAGCUCCUUGAGUAUGGUUGUCAGUGAUUUAGAUGCCUAUUUCAGAUGGGCAAUAUCUAAUAAUCCAAAUAACAUCAGAAUUGCUAAUGAAUACGCAAACUUCCUUUGUGAAUGUUUAUGUGAUUUCGACCGAGCAAUUGUUCAGUCAGUCAAAGCUGAAUACAUCAGCAAUGGAACUAAUUUCAAUGUUGAUAUUUCAUUCAAGAGUGCUGUAAACAAAUUCCCAAAGUACUUGAAGGUUGGAAUUCUGGAUACAAAAGGAAAGAGAGUUAUCAAGAAGCAUCCAAGCUCUGGAUCAGUAAAUCAAAGUGAAACAAAUUCAAGUUCAUCAGGAACAGGAAACUCCAAGAACACCUUCAACUCAUUGAGUGUUGAUAUUGAACAUCAAGAACUCAUUUCAAAACGAAUAUUAAGAGAUUCAAAGGUACGCUUGGCUUUCCACCAUUCAAUUGUUGAUAUGAAACCAAGACAAUCAAAAUUAAUUGCCAUUUCUGCAUUCAUUGUUCUUAUUACAAUGUUUGUUUUCUUUUUGGGAUUCUACCUUUAUGUCAAUGAUGCCAUUUCUUGGAGAAAGACUUCUUAUAAUGAUAUCAGAACAUUAAGCUAUGUUUUGUUCUUUAAUUACUACACGAAUGCCAUAUCAGUCUUAGAAUGGGCAAGAAGACACAAUAAGUAUGAUGAUUCAGGAAAAUAUCUUGGAGAUAUCACAAUUGAUAAAAAGUAUGCAAACCCUGUCAUACCAGAUAAAUAUACAUCAAAUGCAUAUAAAUUACAAUAUGCUACAAACUUUUCAAAAACAAAUUUGGGAAUAUUAUUAAAUGAUAUGUCAAAAAUUGCAUUGACAAAUAAUGUAUACAAAGUAGGAGAAAACUUAAUCAAAACUACUUCUACAAUUACUGUUUGUGAUGGUGGUGUUCCAUUAUAUAAAGUUCCUGCAAGUUUAAAGGCCCAAAUCACACUAAUUAAUUUCCAUCAGAAUCAACUAAGUGGAAAAUUUAAUACUAAUGUUGAUAUUCCUCAUAUUUAUGUAGAUAAUGAUUAUUGUCAAGUAAUGGCAAACUCAUUUACAUUGUCUGACAAUGCUGAUCAAGCUUUAAGAGGAAUUGUUAACUUCAAUCAAAACAGGGGAGAGAGUUACAAUAAAAUUUUCUAUACAUGGAUGAUUGCUGGAUUAAUUUGUUUAUUGUUCUUCUUAUGUGUUCCAGCUUUGUAUUGCGUCAAAACAUAUAAUGAUAUGGUUGACAAAAUAUUAAAAGUUUUGUUGCAAUUACCAAACAAUGUCAAAGAUGAUUGCAAGAAACCUUUAAUGCUUGAUUAUGAAAAUGAAAGUACACAAGUUCAAGCCAAAGAAAAAACUUCAAAGGUUAUGAAUUAUACUGCAAUGUUUUAUUUCUUUUUGGUUUUCGUUUCAUUACUUUUAUACUUCUUUAUGACAUAUCAAGCAGUCCAAUUGAACAAAGACAUGAAAACAAUGAUGUAUUGGUUCUAUUAUUCCUGCGUUAGAGUUUUGGCUGCAACAGAGACUGGAAACAAUGUUGUCCAUAUUGUUUUAUUAUCAGGAAAUGAUGUUGUUUCAAAGGUCAUCACUUUAGAAGAAAUUCGAGACAAAGCUGUUAAAGAUCUCGAAUAUUUAUUGCAAUAUGAAAAGAAAUUAGUCGAUGGAACAGCAUAUGCCAAAUCUAUUUUGGGAUUUGAUGAAGAAUUAGAUAAUGUUGAAUUAAAGAGCUCUUGCCAAUUAGGAAGAGAUCCUGUUUCUGUUCAUGAUAUGUAUGCAUGCUCAAGUAUCAGCGCCAUAAUUAACAUAUUUAAGAACAUGGUCGAAGAUGUAUUAAACAAUCAUGAAAAAUACAAAGGUAUCAUCAAAGACGAAGUUUCAGCAAACAUCAUCCACAUUUUACAAGAACAUUUCUACGGAAAAGUUAUUACAGGAACAACAAGAAUGAGAAAUUUAAUGGAGCAAACAUUUGAUAAAGAAAUGAAGAUUAUCAGCAUUCCUUUCAUUGUUGGCUUGAUUUUAGCAAUUAUUAUGUUUGGUUUACCAUGGAUAUUUAGAAUGUUUGUCAAUGAAAACUAUAAGUUAUUAUUGAUGAUGUUCCAGCAUAUUUCUCCCCAAAAGAUUGUUGAAUCAGAAGAAAUAAUGAAUUUCUUCAGAAGAACAAAGAAGAAAGAAACAGAAAAGAUGUCACUUUCCAAAUCAAUUGUUUUGGAAUCAAGCGAAUGCAUCAUUGUAACAAACGCAAAUUCCAUUAUUGAAAUUGUCAAUCAAGCAGUUACAGACAAUCUUGAAUUAACUCCUGAUCAAAUGCUUGGACAAACAAUUUUGAGUAUUGUUUCUGACAAUGACAAAGAAAAGUUAGAAACCCAAAUAAAUUUGAUGAUGAGUGGCCAAGGUUCAUCAUUCUGGGAAGAUCAUUUAGAUUUAACAGAUGAAAAUUCAAACUCUGUUCCAUUCACUGUCACAAUGAUUGGAAUGAAAGAUAGAGAAGAUUCAGACGAGAUAACUUCAAUUGUUUUCAUUUUGGCAAACGAAACCGAAGAAAUUAAAAAGAGAGAAGCUGCUGAAGAAGCAAAGGCCAAAUCAGAGAAGUUAUUAUAUCAAAUAUUACCAAAGGAUAUCGUUAUCAGAUUGAACAGAGGAGAAACAGAUAUUUCAUUCAAUAUUCCAAGCGCAACAAUAUUCUUUGUUGAUAUUGUUAAGUUCUCUGCCUAUGCAUCUUCUUUAACUCCAACAGAAAUCAUGGCAAACUUGAGUUUAGUUUUUGCUACAUUUGAUAGAAUUGUUAGUCAAUACGAAAGCAUCACUAAAAUCAAAUUAAUUGGUGAUGUAUACAUGGCAGCAGCUGGUUUAUUCCAAGAUCCAAAUGAUGAAAGUGUCAAACACGCAGAAGAUUCAGUCAGAUGCUGCAUUGAGAUUUCCAAAUCUCUUGAUGAAAUUAAUAUGAAAUUGAACGCAUCACUAGAAGUUAGAAUUGGAGUUAAUAGUGGUGGUCCAUUAAUUGGCGGUGUUUUAGGUACAGAUAAGCCAACAUUCGAUAUUAUUGGAGAUCCUAUCAAUGUUGCUGCACGUUUGCAAUCAACAGAUAUCCCUGGAAAUGUCCAGAUUUCUCAAGCAACGAAAGGUAUGAUUGAGAACUUAGAAUUUGAAAUCGAAGAAAGAGGUGAAAUUUAUCUUAAAGGUAAAGGCAACCAGUUGACAUAUUUUGUUAGUUUACCUGCAAAGAACGACUUUGAAGGUUCUAUUGCACUUAAUAUUUCUGAUGUUUCUAAGUAA